AUGGUGGAGGAUAAGCGAUCCGCUUCGUUGCCUGGCGCCGUGAUGUCGGAGUCUAGCUCGACCAUUCACGCCGUUCCCUACGAAGAAACCGUCGCCGCAGAAGCCCCCUUGGCUGUCAGAUCUGCCUCGUUGCCUACCCCAGUCGAUCACCCAUUGCGAUCCGGAAAGAAAUCACUUACAGCUAGCGUACCGUCGAGUUAUCCCGGAGACCCGUCACGCCCUCCACGCUCGUCGCAUAGAAAUGAACGGCCGCAAACGAAAGACGGAAGAAUGCUAGGGCCAGAUGCUGCGAAAUCGGUCGUCAGCCUGCGCUCAUUGCGCUCCAUCCCUAGCAUUGUCGUCAAUGACGCUGGAUCUCGCCCGAGCUCUCGCCCAGGGUCGCGCCCUGGUUCUCGGUGGUCGGAGCGUAAAUUCAGCGGACUAUGGGGCAAGAAGUCUGCAGAGUUGGAAAGAGAUUCGGACUCGCCACCACCUGUUCCUCCCAUAGAAGCUCCCUUCAACGGACUGUCCUUGGAUAUCCCCAAUUCGUCUUUCGACGGCCUUGCACCGCAAUCUAUGAGGUUCUCCAAGCGCGGGAGUCUCAUCAAAGAGGAAGCAAGGCAACGGCUGAAACAGCUAGACCAGGAUGGCGGCCAGGGAGAGAUCGAGAAGGGCCCGGUACCUCCAUCCACUGCUCCAACAGAGCAGAAUGACGCUGAGGUGGAACUCUUAGACGCCCCUGUACGGCGUUCAAAACUGCCACCAUCGCUUCGUGCCAGGCGAAGCGCUAUGCCCAGCAGAGUUAUUUCCGCAGACGAGGAUAUGCUAUCUCGUCGGGUCAGGCUGAUGUAUGAAAAGGGUGAUGAGAAUGUGACAGACUCGGAAGUCGCGAAGGCCUUGGCUGUGGAGAACGGUGUGCUCUGGGAAGAGACCGGCCCGACAAGUGAGGAGACUUCUCGCUUUUCAGGCGCCAGUGUGUCUGGCACGGAAACCAAGAGCAUAGUAUCCUCAGUUGAUCCCGAGCCUGCCCCGAGCAUCAAGAAAGAGCCCAACGAGCUAGCUGGCGGAAUUGAGUAUUGGCACAAUAUUAAAGCAGGAGAUGUGGAUAGAUAUGGUUUUAUUCGCUCUCCUACGAGCAACUCCAAUGAUGGUACGGAGCCUAGUCCGAUUCAACGGGUAUCUACUAGUCUGCUCCUUGCCUCAGAAAGCCCCCGUCGGAAAUAUUCCAUUCGACCUCCGUCUGCUCUGGGGAGUAACCGCUCCUUUGCGGGUCGGUCUCCGAACCGCAAAAUUUCUGCGCCAGCAGUCCGCCCUUCGUCGUCACAGAGCGCGUAUAGUUCGCCAGUGCGACGGUCAGCUUCAAGAUUUCGUCAAGCGACAAAUCAUCUUCCUCACAAUCGCGAUCGCCGAUUUAAAGAUGAAGCCGCCGACAUGCUCACACACCCAGUUGAUGUCAACGGAGACAGGGUAAACACAGCUGCUGUGCGUGCGGCCAAGAAGAGGGAGUGGCGAAGGGAAGACAAAUGGACGAAGAUGGCGAGGCAGACAAAGAAUAGCAGAGCUGGUGGUGGCAUGACAUUCGAGUUCGAUACAAAAAGCUCCAAGCUUAUUGAGAGGACGUGGAAAGGCAUACCAGACCGAUGGAGAUCGACUGCCUGGUACUCCUUUCUAGAGGCGAGCGCCAAAAAGCGCAGCGAUAGUCCUACCGUGGAGGAGCUCAUUGACGCUUACCAUGAGUACCAGUUCGUAUCGUCACCCGACGACGUACAGAUCGAUAUCGAUGUUCCAAGGACCAUCACUAGCCAUAUCAUGUUUCGUCGGCGGUAUCGUGGCGGCCAACGCCUGCUGUUCCGCGUGCUACAUGCCAUGUCUUUGUAUUUCCCAGAUACAGGCUAUGUUCAGGGCAUGGCAGCCCUUGCUGCAACCCUUCUUGCUUACUAUGAUGAGGAACAUGCCUUUAUCAUGCUCGUCCGUCUAUGGCAGCUACGAGGGCUGGAGCAGCUAUACCGGUCAGGCUUCGAAGGCCUGAUGGAGGCCCUGGCUGACUUUGAACGGGGAUGGCUGGAGGGAGGAGAGGUCGCCAUGAAACUAAAUGAGCUCGGAAUCCCGCCUACUGCGUACGGAACACGUUGGUACCUCACUCUCUUCAAUUACUCUAUCCCAUUCCCAGCCCAGUUGCGUGUGUGGGAUGUCUUUAUGCUCCUCGGUGACGCUGAGGAUCCAACUGGCCCAGGCGUCAAGACCGAGGGCCCCGACGCAAGCGCCUUUGGCAAGGGCUUGGAUGUCCUCCAUGCAACAUCGGCGGCUCUUAUUGAUGGUAUGCGGGAAAUUAUCCUCGAAUCAGAUUUUGAGAACGCCAUGAAGGUGCUCACCAGCUGGGUUCCGAUAAAGGACGUUGAACUAUUCAUGCGUGUCGCAAAAGCAGAAUGGAAAGUUCACCGUCGGAAAAAGGCCCUUGUCUAA